GCAUUUUGAUAAGAGAAUAUAUAGGAAGACUCCAUUUCAAAAUAAGCAACACAAUUUGGAAAAUAAAUAUGGCGAUACUCGUACUGUUGAUUUGUGGGUUGUGUGCGGGAUCAAAUGCAGUUGACAUACAUGUAAUAUCGAAUACAAAGUUGUCUACACCACCACAAGGUUGUCAAUGGAACGGGAAAUGGUACAUGCCUGGAGAGGAAAUGCAGAAGAAUCCAUGCGAACAUUGCACGUGUGACCCGGGCACAGCCCAGCUGAUUUGCUAUGUAAUUGAUUGCGCGAUGCCACCAUGUGUAGACGCUGUCCAAGCCCCGGACCAGUGCUGUGCCGUCUGUCCAAACGGUGCCAACUGCAGGACCAAAAACGGGACGGUGAUUAAGGCCGGCCAUGCGUACAAGCCCGACCUGUUUACCACGUGCAGGUGCCCCGAAAACCGCUUCGGAUUCGAAGCCACCACGGCCAUCUGCUACGAUGAACACAUGCUGGUUUCCCACGCCAGUCGAUCCUUUGCGGCUGUGCUAGUCAGCAUCGUUUCUGUGUUAGUCGCGUUGGUCGUGUCUACGGUUUAAGCUCCGUUAUGGUGCAGUCUUUUAUUUCAGGAAAGAAAUAAAUAUUAAGAGAG